AUGGUUAGCUUUGUCUGUGACAGUUGUCAAGAAACUAUCAAGAAACCAAAAGCAGAGCAGCAUUUCGCUCGCUGUCGCGAUGCCCAGUUAACAUGCUUGGACUGCUCCCAGACAUUCUACGGCUCCGCUUAUAAAACGCAUACUAGCUGCAUUACUGAGCAGGAAAAAUAUCAAAAAACUCUAUUUCAGGGAAAAAAGGUGUGGAUCAAUAAUUGUCCGAGUUGGUAUAUUAAUGUUCUGGUUCAAAGCAAAUCCAAUCCUAUCUUCAGCAUUGGAACGAGAGCGGCUCUAAGUCAUAGUGAGAUUCUUAGUAGACGAAACGAAUUACAAGGAAGAGCAUGCUUGGCUGAAGAUAACGUGGAUUUUUCUCAACUAUCUAAAGAAUACGACCCAAAAAAUUUUAUCAAAAUAUACAAAUUUCCGAUUUGUGUAUUUUCUGAUGGGACCAUAAUUAAAAGUCUUGGAAUUGAUAACAAUAAACAAAAUGGCAAUAAAAUUCCUAGGAAAAUUGAACGUCCGCCUGAACAAGAAAGCGAAAGUGGGAAUGAAAGCGAUGUCUUGAGCGAUAUAGAAAAAUCCAAGGAAAGUGCAACAAAGAACACCAAAACGCCAUCUAAUAAAGCAAGCGAAAGCGAGAGCGAGAGCGAGGUUGAUAGUAUAAUUGAGAAAGUUGAAACAAACGGAGUAAAAGAUACUGAAACUGAGGGAAACGGGAUAAAUGAUAUUAAAAGCUCAUCCGCUGAAUCGAGCGAAGGAGAGGGUGAAACGGACAGUGAAAGCGAGCGUGAGAACGCAAGUGAAAAAGUUGAGGCGAACAAAGUAAAUGAUACCGCCAGCUCCAAAAAUAAAAGAGUUGAGACAAACGGAGUAAAGAAUACCGAGAGUACAUCGGAUGAAUCAAGCGAAAGCGAGAGUGAAGAUGAACAAAUUCAGUCAAAAGCAGCGAAUAAUAGUGUAAGUGGGAAAAUUGAAACAAACUCGGUAAAGAAUGCCAAGGGCUCAAUCGACGAAUCAAGUGAGAGGGCAAAGCAAACUGAGGAGGUCAGGUCAAAGGCAAAGACUCAGAAUUUAUCCGACGAAGCAAGUGACGCCGAUAAUGAAAGUGAGAGUGAUAGUGAGAGUGAUAGUGAGAGUGAUAGUGAGAGUGAUAGUGAGAGUGAUAGUGAGAGUGAUAGUGAGACUGAUAGUGAGAAUAAAAAUGAAAGUGAGAAAGCUAAGACAGGCACAGUAAACCCCACCGAAAAAUCAGGUGAAAGCAAUAAUGAGAAAACCAAGACAAACAAUGCAAAGAACACUAAUAGCUUAUCCAAUGAAUCAAGUGAAAACGAUUCUGAUAAAAAUCUUGCAUCGACUACUAGUUCGAGAAACAAACGAAAAUUGGAGUCACAGUCCGAAGAUUCAUCCUCCAAAAGUGGUCUCUCAUCGGAAGGUGAACAUACUAACUCCUCUCGCAAAGCUACUUCUAAAACGUCAUUACCAAAUGGCAAAGCUUUGAAUGGAAAGAAGACUCAAUCGAAAGUCUUGCAUAAAAUCUCCGGCUUACCUGAAAAGAAAUCGGAGGUAAAGGCAAAGAGCGAAUCAAAACGAGCCAAUAAUGGUCAAGACGAGUCGGAUUAUGAACCCGAAGACAGUCCAGCAUCUUCUGAAAGCGAUAUUGAAAGUUCGAAACGGUCAAAGAAAGUUGUCCAAGCAAGAAAGAAACCAAGGUUAUCUGACUCUACAAUAAAGGCCAUCUCGUCAAAAGGAUCGGUUAAAAACGAUACGGAAAUAAUACUAAAUAAAUCUCAGCCUAAUGGGAAAUCAUCAACUCAGAAGGAUAAUAGCCGACCAAAGGAAUCGGUCUCUUCUGAAAAGAAACACCUUGCAGACCAAGAUAAUGCACCUCCCGCCAAAAGACGUAAAGUUAACAAUAGCAUGAUUGCAAAUGAGUCGGAUUUUGGUUUGAGCAUGCCAGCGACUGUGCGAGAUACGCUCAAGCAAAUAAAGGAAAAGGAACUUUCGCUUGAUAAAUUACAGGAACUCGUAGUCCAAAGGUUUGCCGCAGUUCCCACAAAUAGUACGUCGCCCGAGGAGUUGAGGAACCAGUUUCUCAAAAACAUCGUAUUAGUACAGAAUACGAGAAGUAUAACGGUGAAGAAGUGA